UUGAGAGAGCAGUAGAGAUUUUCAUGGCCGUUUGGAUACUCCAGAGUCGGUGUCGGUGUCGGUAAAAAUAUGGAAAAUUUGAAUGGCGUUUGAACUUUUAUGAACAAUCGCUUAAACAAGUUGUGAUUAUUAUUGUACUUUACUGUUGAUGUUGAUGGCCACUUAACCUAACUCUGUGGGCGGCAAUAAGCAGACAAGCAAGCAGGCGGAGUUACUUCGUCAGGUUCUGUUUAUGAUGGUUGGGGUUUUCCUUGGGAAUUUCGAAGUGGCAAUUUAACCCGCACAACAACUGCUACAAUCUUAUUUGACGUCAGCUCCAAUCCCUAUGAGUUUUUUAAAAUUUUGAAACGUUAAAUUGCCUUUACAAACGAAACUCGCUCGCAUCUUUGAACAUCUAUUCUGACUUAAGUGAAUACUUAUUCCAAGUUUGCUCACUGUCAGUCAUUAAACCUAACUUAACACAAGCCUUGCUAUUCCGGAAGUCAUGAAAAGAGCACAAGAAAAUAUAUGGAUAUGACUCCCGUUUCCUAGUCAACCGAUCUUUUGAGCAUUUUUAUCUUUGGUCAACAUGAGAUGGAUUCCCAUGACUCAGAAAUAAUUAUUUUGGAAGAAAUUAGGGAUUCAAAGAAAGCAGGGACUCAAGUUCAAGCUCCCAACCCCUUUCAAAUUAAUGGUGAACCAUUGACGAAGGAGGAGCAUGUCGACUCUCAUCUAUCAUGCAAUGGAGAUGAUGAUAUCCCUGAUUUUGAUGAUGCAGAUUUGCAAGUCUUAGACUGUUGGGAAGAUGUAGAUGAAGAUGCUAAUGAGGAAUGUGGCAAUACAACUGUAGAACAAGAGAAUUUUGUACAAAAAUCAACUUCUCCUCUGAAAGAUUUGGAUUUGACGGAUGAAUCAAAUCAGAAGAGGCGAGAUGUUCGUUCAUCAAGUCUUGAUUCAGUGAAAACUAUAAUAUUUGAGGACUUAACAAAUCUAGAUGAAGUUAAACCAGCACAGAAAAAUGUUAUAGAGGGGAAGACAUCAAACCUGGAUGAGUCCAGGACACCUGUCAAAGAAGACUCAUCUGAGUCCAAAAAGAAAAGAGAAGAUGAAUCGUCUGGGUCUAAAAAGAAAAGAGAAGACGACUUGUCCGGGUUUAAAAAGAAAAGAGAAGAUAACUCAUCUGAGUCUAAAAAGAAAAAAGAAGACGACCCAUCCCAGUCUAAAAAGAAAAGAGAAGAUGACUCAUCUGAGUCUAAAAAGAAAAGAGAAGAUGAAUCAUCUGAGUUUAAAAAGAAAAGAGAAGAUGACAAAUCUGUCAAAAAAGAUGAUUCUAAGAAACCAGCUUCAACCAAAGUGAGUUCUGACAAGAAGAAACAAGGCAGUGACUGUGAGAUUCAUCGUCCUUCCAAGACAUCUCAUGAGAAGUCCAGAGAUUUGUCCCACAAAAAGCCUCUUAAUGAAACUUCGUUAAGGGCUGAACUUAAUCUUCCAACUGACCCAACUGAAACAAAGGUUGAUAAGUUUUUAAAAGAAAUGGCUCUUCAAAACCCACAUAUUAUUGGUUUACAGGAUAUUUCUGAGGAUGGAAAUACACUUGACCCAGUCAGUAGUGAAUCAAGUAAACAUUCAAGUAAUUUACCUUCACCUGAUAUAGACCCUUCAGAUUUACCUCCUGGAGUUGAUUUGGAACAGAGUGCAGUAGAUACUAGCACUGCAUCUCUUUUAGCUAUUACUUCAAAGGCAGCUGAAUCAAAACAGUCUGCUGGGGCUAAUACAGACGCAUCUCGAAAUAGUCUUUCCCUAAAGACUAUUCGUGGGCAAGUUGAAGAAUAUAGUAGUGGAAGAGGGCCAAAGCCUCAUCAUUCAGGGCGCUACCGUGUAUCUGAAACAUCCAAAGGCCUGGGUGGUGAAAAGGAUGGAAGAAGUCGAUCUCCUAACGGUAAACAUAUAUUUGGAUACACGGACAAGUCAGCUAGUUCAAGAUCACCACCAGUGUAUAAGACUAAGAAGACAUCACCAACAAGAUCAUUUACCAUAUCACCUUCACCUUCUCCUAGAUCUCGGCGCUUAUCCCGAUCUCCUUUGCCAUCACAUAGGAUACCCCAAUUAUUAGAUGUAAAUUUUUCAUCUCAUAAGUAUUCAGAUAGACCUCACUAUCAAUCAUCAUUAGAGACAACUAGAUAUCAUAGAUCACCACCUCGUGAUCAAGGAAAUCUCAGAGCUUUGUCCAGAUCUCUUUCAAGAGAAAGGGAUCAAAGUCGUUCAAGAUCUAAGUCAAGAGGUAGAUCCUUUCUAAGGCAUAGGUCAAGGUCGCGGUCUAGAAAUCGCUUCUCCUCAAAAGAAGAACGCAGUCGUCGUUAUAGAAGAAGUUCUUCGCGAAGUAGGUCACCUAGCAGAAGAAUGAGAUCUAGGUCAAGGUCUCGAUCAUGGUCACCUCACCGAUACACUCGGAAGAGGUCUCCAUUAGCAAGAGAAGACAGUAGAGCAAAAAGGGCACGUUUGUCUCGAUCAAAUUCAAGAAGCAAAUCUCCCUGGAAUAUUCAUGUAGAGACACCAUUAAAUGAGUGGCAUAAUACAUAUGAAGUCAAUAGGAAUCCUUCUUUGAAUGAAGAUGUUCAACUGGAGCAUGACAUGGCACGGUUUAUUGCAACAAAUAUGGCUGCAACGGGAUUAAGACCUCCAGUGAGUGACAUCAGAGUAUGGUAUGAACCUGGAGUAAACAUUCGGGACACCAUGCCUCAGAGUUUUUCACUGGAAGAGCCUUCUGCUGAUGCUAUUAGGCAAGGAAUGGGUAUGCCUUUACCUCCUCCUCCACCGGAUAUUUCUGAAUUAAUGACUGCUGAAGAAAUCAAGGAAACUGUUGCCUUAGGAAAUAUGAGUCCUGAAGUGCCAGCACCAAGUCUGUCAAGUUUGCUAGAGUCUGCUGUAUCAGGAUCUCCAAACAAUAUUAUUUUGGAACGUUGUCAGGAUGCUAUAAUGAAGCUUCAUGAUGUGAGCUUUAAACCUGGGCGGUUUGCUGUAAUUUCCUCUAUUAAGGUUCCACAAACAAAAGCUCAUUCAACAUUUCAGCUUUGGCAAUCUGUGGUGAACCGUACCCUACCCUCAAAAGUUCAGUUUAACUAUUGUGAACCUACUAAACCAUUAGUAUUUUGGGAAUCUUCCAAGUCUAAGCCGAAGCCGAAGCUAAAGAUAAAUGAAGUGAAGAGUGUCCCGUUACACAUGGAGGCUGUACCAUCGCCUUCUAGCCUAUCCACCUUAAUUCCUUCAACAACUGCAGAUCUUGACCGUGCAGCGUUAUUGGAUAAAAUAUUCUUUCUAACCAGAGAAUUGCAAGAAGUCAGAGAGAGUCUUGACCGCAAAACAGUUCCAAAGAAACAUGCAAGUGCUCAGACCACUCCUGUGAACCUCUGUGAGAUGUGUAGUAAUUCUCAGAAAGCACCUGUGCCUAACAGAAAUUUCCAAGCAACAUCCUCCUCCAACUCCUCUACUACAACAAGCUCACCCUUUGGACGGAGACCAUCAGUGUUUAGUUCCUCUUGUCAAACGCAAACCACUUCUCAACCUGUGUAUGCUGUUCAUCAAGCAUCUUACCCACAGCCAGUGCCUGCCCCAAAGCCAGUGACCACCUCAAAACCAGUGGCUACACCAAAGCCUAUCCCAAAGCCAGUUCCUCCUCCCCAUCCUGUUGCUGUCUCUCGACCUGCUCCCACCCCUCAACCUGUACCCGCCCCCCAACCUGUGCCCGCCCCUCAACUGGUGCCCGCCCCUACAUCUUCAUCCACAACUGUAGGUCCCUCACAACCUGCCCCACUCCCAGUACCUGCCCCUCAGGUAGUUCCUCCUCCAACCCAGUUCCAUCAUUUAAUGUCUGGCACAAAUUCAACCGCCCAUGGUUCUUCAAAUAAGUCUCAGUCGAGUAACCAGAACUCAGCAUUACCACUUCCAGUUCAGUCCACUUCUGAGGAGAAAAAGAAGACAAACUUUGGGGAAACUAGUAAAACUAAUGUACCCAAUCCAAAGGCAAAUUCUUCAAUACCUCCAUUGAUACCAGGAUUGAUUGGAUCUUCUAAAUCUAACACUCCACCAGCACAAGUGCCAGCCACAAAACCACCAACAGCUAGUGGUCUGAGUAAAUCUGUUGUUCCUGUAAUGAGUCCAAUGACUGCUAAUGAUUUAGACCUUAGAAAAUAUGUUGUGAUUGGCGAUGAACAUGGUAUGGAUCUCAGAACAUAUCUUCAAGGAAUAGGAAUUGAUAUUAUAUUUCAUUCCAAACUUUGCAGUACAGGUCAGAGUUUGGAUUCAGUACUCAAGAAUGUUAUUUCAUGUAAUAACUUGUGUAAGCAGGUUGUUGUUUUCAUGGGCAUGUACAAUAGUUCUUACAAUAGCAAAAGUAUGGACAAAUUUAAACAACUAAUUGGAUAUUUAAGGAAACGAUGUAAACACUUGGUGAUUGUUGAACCUCCACCAGUGCCCAAGUUUCAGUCUAUGAAGAGCGCAUGGCAAUUAUUCAGUGAAAUGGUAAAUACUUACCAACCAUUUAAAGGUGAAAAUGUCAGUAUAGUACACUGUCGCCAAUUUUUACUCUUUGAUAACCAAACACCAAACAUUCCUAUGUUUGCUAGCCCUGAACGUUUAAGUUUUGAAGGCUUAAGAUUAAUAUAUGAAGAAAUCAUAAGGAAGCUAGAAGAGAAAAAAAGUAACUCUGUGUGGUCUGGUUUAAAUGCAAGAUGAUGAAGUAUAGUUAUUGAAGUUUUCUUUCUGUUAUUGGUGUUGUUGCCAUAUAAAUAUGGUUAACACAGGCUGCAUUAAUUUAUCUAUAAAACAUUAAGUGUUUCUAUGUCCUGAAGCAGACAGCUCUGGACACCCUUGUGGAUUGUAAAUUUCACGGUUUGUGGUACCCUUCUUGAUUUUGCCUGUUUCUAUUGACUUCUAAGACAGCAAAUAAGUGUGUAAUUUUAUCAAACUGCUACCUUCUUACUUAUGCUCGUGAAUCAAUUAAUUGAAUUUCAAUUUGUAUCAUAGUGUGAAAUGAUAACAAAUCAUUACGUGUCACGUGCUAAAAACUUAUAAGUAUGGUAGUCUGUUGUAUGGAUCAAUUUAUCAUCACUUGCUCUCUCUCACAAAUUUUGCUCAAUUAAUUUUUGAUGUGGCACAUCAUAGACCAACUGUAUGCACUUUUCUGAAGAUGAAGAUACGCUCCAACUCAAAUUUUGGUAUUUUAAUUUACCAAAAUGCUACUUUUACUGUCCUGACAAGUGUGUUUUUUUGUUUUGUUUUUUUAUUUCUUUGCCUUAUGCCGUCUCAUGGCAGUUAUUGUAUAAACUAUAGGUCUAUUGUGGGUGCAAUGUGCCCAUUUUGGACAAUUCCUUGUAAAUAUUAAAGAUGUAAUUACAACAGAAAUGUGGACCUUACUCAAAGUUUAUUGAAUGUCUUUGAAAAUAAAAUUAUUUUGCAGAGACUA